CGUGCAAAAAUGUGACCCAUUAACGUCGUCACUUUUCAAAACCCCAAGGAAAAUAAUUACCGUCGUUUCUUUCUAGUUGGUAGUUCUCCCAUUACUUCUUACCUUUCUUUCAAUCCAACAAUGUCUCAACAAGAAACUCCAACUCUCAAACUGCUACUCAUUGGCAACUCCUCGGUCGGUAAAUCGUCUCUGCUUUUGCGAUUCACAGACGAUACUUUCCUUCCACAAGACGAAGUAUCCGCUACAAUCGGAGUGGAUUUUAAGGUCAGCAUGAUGGAGGUCGAUGGAAAGCGGUACAAAUUAACGAUCUGGGAUACAGCGGGGCAAGAGCGCUUUCGCACUUUAACAUCAAGCUAUUAUCGAGGAGCACAAGGUGUUAUUUUGGUAUAUGAUGUUUCCAAUCGAGAUACAUUUGAUGCGCUUCAAAAUUGGUACACGGAAUUGCAAACCUAUAGCUCGUCAAAGGAUGUUGUGAAGAUGAUUGUGGGCAACAAGGUUGAUAAGGAAUCUUCAAGGGUCGUGACAUACAAGGAAGGAGCAGCCAUGGCUCAAAAACUUCAAACCUUGUUUAUUGAAUGUAGUGCCAAAACUAAGGUUGGUGUGCAAGAAGCUUUUGAAGAAUUAGUACAAAAGAUCAUUGAAACCCCAAGUUUAUGGCAAAAGCAACAAGCUCCAGCAUCUACCAUUCGUGUAUCUUCGAAUGGGAAUGACGAGCAAGAGUCCAGUCCGUGCGCUUGCUGAUCAAGUUGUUCCACUAUCUCAUCGAAGAGUGGUGUUUCCAACGUGUAAUAUCAAAUGUGGUUUUUCUCUUUCCCCUCUUAUCUAUCAACUGGUGGCAUAUUUUUUGAGGCAAUU